UAUAAAUAAUUUAUAAUACGUACCUGGGAUAUUCACAAAACUCUCUGAUAUUCUGUGUUGAUCUUUGAUUCGAUUAUUCCUUUGGUGUUACUUUGUCUAUGCGUAGUUUCUAUUGAUUCUAUGACAUAACUCUAGACAUUGUUGAUUCCUUCAUUAUUACUUUUCAUUUAUUUAUUUUGGUUUUGUUACGAUGGGUCAUAAAACGGAUUCUGCUUUUGACGUUUGGCGUCCAGAGGAGUUGACGACUCCCUUGCCAGCUAAGUUACUUCUCCAAGAUGGUACUGAGUUCAAUGGGUAUUCUUUCGGUUAUGUUGAUGAAAACUAUGACUAUGCCGAUCCUACUAAUUUAUCUGCCACUGGUGAGGUUGUCUUUUCUACCUCUAUGGUUGGCUAUGCCGAAGCAUUGACUGACCCUAGUUUCUUAGGUCAGAUUUUAGUGCUAACAUAUCCAUCUGUUGGUAACACGGGCGUCCCGCCAAGUGAGCAGGACGAAUUCGGUGUUUCGAAGUGGUUUGAGAGUUCCCGUAUUCAUGUGAAUGGUUUUGUGUGUUGUGACUACUCUAUAUACGAAUCGCAUUGGUCAUCUUGUAAAUCCUUGUCUACAUGGUUACGCGAGGAGCGUAUUCCUGCCAUAUCUGGUAUUGACACUCGCGCAUUGACAAAGCACUUACGUAAUUGCGGUUCUACAUUGGCUCGUAUUAUCAUUGGUCCUAAAAGUAGGGGUCUGGUGAGCCCUCGUCUGUUGGAAUCAUCAUCAUUUUAUGACACUAACAACCCUGAUUUAAUGAGGAGUCUGCCGGAUCCUCAUCCAGUUCUUUACACAAUGGCUGAAAUUGAUGGUGAGCGAUACGUGACAUCGUAUGAAUUUACGGUUGCUGAGCUUGAUGAUAUUUUAUCUCGUGAUCCGUAUGCUUGCACUUCAUCUGAUCUGGAUGUUCAUUUUGCUUCGAAAAAGAAGUUUUGUGGUUAUCCUAAUAAACCGGUUAAUGAUUGUGCUAGUGGAUCUGGUAGUCUAUAUUCAUCAUCACUAUCACUUAAGGGCGUGACUUUGGUAGUGAUAGUUGACUGUGGCAUUAAGAGUAACAUAAUUCGCCUGUUUCUUCGUAUGUCACCCGUUCAAGUUCGUGCUCUCGUCGUUCCUCACAAUUUUGAUUUCAAUCGUAUCCCUUAUGACGGUCUGAUUCUAUCCAACGGUCCUGGUGACCCUUCCGAUGCUACAGUGACAAUUGCUAAUUUACGUCGUGCUAUGGAGCGCACUACUCCUAUUUUUGGUAUUUGUCUUGGUCAUCAACUGAUGGGUCUUGCUGCAGGUGCUAAGACUUACAAGAUGCGUUAUGGUCACCGUGGAUUUAAUCAGCCUUGUGUUGAUUUGCGUACUUCUAAAUGUUACAUGACAUCUCAGAAUCACGGUUAUGCUAUUGAUGAGGAGACUUUGCCAUCUGAGUGGUCUACUUUAUUUGUGAAUGCUAAUGACGGUUGUGUUGAGGGUAUAAUUCAUAUGACUUACCCUUGGUUCAGUGUUCAAUUUCACCCUGAGGCUAGUGGUGGUCCUACUGAUACCUUAUUUUUGAUGCGUGAUUUCAUUUAUAGUUUGGGUAAGAGUGGUUCUAUUCCUCUUCACAUUCGUAGCAUUUCACCUCACGUUCAAUGGAAGCGUAUUUUAUUAUUGAGUAGUGGUGGUAUAUCAAUUGGUCAGGCUGGUGAGUUUGACUACAGUGGUAGUCAGGCUAUAAAGGCUUUAAAGGAGUCUGGUGCUGAGGUUAUAUUGGUGAAUCCUAAUGUUGCUACUGUUCAGACUAACCACGGUUUGGCUGAUGUUGUAUAUUUUGAGCCUAUUACUGCUGAAUUCGUAUCAAAUAUUAUUGAGAAGGAGCGUCCAGAUGGUAUUAUGUGUAGUUUCGGUGGUCAAACGGCAUUGAAUUGUGGUAUCGAUUUGUACAAGUCUGGUAUACUUUCAAAGUACAACUGUGAGGUUUUGGGUACUCCCAUUGAGACCAUUAUAAACACUGAGGAUCGUGCUUUAUUUAACCGAAAGCUGGCUGAGAUCGGUGAGCGUUGUGCUCCUUCCAAGGUGGGUACUGAUGUUGGUUCUUGUAUAUCUGCUGCUCAAGAGCUGGGCUAUCCUGUAUUAGUUCGAACUAAUUAUGCGUUGGGUGGUUUCGGUUCAGGGUUGGCGUCUGAUGAAUCUGAAUUACGUUCUAUUUUAUCUAACAUUUUCAGUACGAGUUCAUGUCGCAAGGGUGGUUCUGACACUACUGAAGCGGGCUCCGGUUCAUCAUUUCCUGUUGAGGACGUUUGCGUUUACAUUGACAAGGCCCUUAAAGGUUGGAAGGAGAUCGAGUUUGAGAUAAUUCGUGACAACAAUGACAACUGCAUAUCACCUGCUAGUAUGGAGAACUUUGACCCUCUUGGCAUUCACACUGGUGACUCCAUUGUCGUUGCUCCUGCUCAGACUUUGACUAACGUUGAGCUUUACAAGUACCGUGAGAUUGCUUUUAAGAUAGUUCGUCAUUUGGGUAUCGUUGGUGAGUGCAAUGUUCAAUUUGCUGUGAACCCUGACACUGACGACUACUUUAUUGUUGAAUUGAAUGCUCGUUUAAGUCGCAGUUCUGCACUUGCGUCUAAGGCUACUGGAUAUCCUCUUGCUUACUUUGCUGCUCGCAUAGCUCUUGGUUUUGAUCUUGUUCAGAUGCGUAAUGCCAUUACGUUGGUCACCACUGCUUGUUUUGAGCCAAGUUUAGACUACAUUGUUGUUAAGAUUCCCAAGUGGGAUUUACGUAAAUUUGAGUAUGCCGACAAUCUUUUGGGUAGUAGCAUGAAGUCAGUUGGUGAGGUCAUGUCCAUUGGUCGUACCUUUGAGGAGGCUAUGCAGAAAGCUUUACGUAUGGCAGGUGACGGCGUACUUGGUUUCAACAGUGGUGUGAUGUCCGGUGCUGAUCGUGAGGCUAUCACCGACGCUUUGCGUCGUCCAACUCCUGAUCACGUUGCUGCCAUUGCUCGUGCCUUUGAGCUGGGCAUGACUGUUUCUGACAUUCAUGGUUUGACUAAGAUUGACCCUUGGUUCUUACAUCGUCUACAUCAUCUCCACAUUCUGAAUGCUCACCUAUCAACUUUACCAUCUCUAUCAUCCUUUACUCCUGCUAUGAUGCGUUAUUACAAGGUCUAUGGUUUCAGUGAUCGUCAGAUAUCUCGUGAGAUUGUCAAAUCUACUGUUUCUGAGGAUGACGUUCGCGAACUUCGCAAGUCUUGGGGGAUAGUACCUUUUGUAAAGGUGAUUGACACUAUGGCUGCUGAGUACCCUGCGAAGACUAAUUACUGUUAUUUAACUUACAAUGGCAUUGAGAGUGACGUUUUACCUUGCGGUCCUAUUGAUUCCAAGGAUUCUGUUAGUGCUACAUCUAUAGUUGUACUUGGUUGUGGUCCUUAUAGGAUCGGUUCCAGUAUAGAGUUCGAUUGGUCUGCUGUUAGCUGUGUGAAGGCUCUUCGUAGCUUGGGUCACGCUGCUGUGAUUGUUAACUGCAACCCUGAGACUGUUUCCACUGACUAUGAUGUGAGCGACCGACUAUACUUUGAUGAGUUGACUGUUGAGAUUGUUGAUGCGAUAUAUCACUUUGAGAAUCCCAAGGGUAUUGUUAUAUCUGUGGGUGGUCAGACUGCCAACAACCUUGCUUGCAAGUUACAUAGUUUGGGUCUUUCCAUUUUGGGUACUAGUGUUGAAUCUAUUGACCGUUGUGAGAACCGUAACAAGUUUUCGAAGUUGUGUGAUGUUUUGGGCAUUGAUCAACCUGCAUGGGAGGAGUUUACUUCAUUUGAGGGUGCCAAGCAAUUUUGUACAAAGGUUUCAUUCCCUGUCUUAGUUCGCCCAUCAUAUGUUCUUUCUGGUGCUUCUAUGCGUGUAAUUGUAUCUUUUGAGGAGUUGGAAAAGUACCUUCAGACAUCUGCUGUGGUGAAUCGUGAGCACCCUGUUGUGAUAUCUAAGUUCAUUGAGAAGGCCAAUGAGGUUGAGGUUGACUGUGUGGCAUCUCAGGGUAUUAUACUGAACUACGCCAUUAGUGAGCAUGUGGAGCAUGCUGGUACUCAUUCAGGCGAUGCCACAUUGAUUUUACCCGCUCAAAACAUCUUCGUUGGUACUCACCGUCGUGUUAAGAAGAUAACUCAGAAGUUAUCUCGUUACCUUAACAUCAGCGGUCCAUUCAACGUUCAGUACCUUUGCAAGAACAACGAGAUCAAGAUUAUCGAGUGCAAUUUGCGUGCAUCUCGUACUUUACCUUUCAUUUACAAGACACUGAAUGUGAACUUUAUUGACCAGGCUACUCGUGUUAUGGUUGGCAGUCCAGCUCGUGUUCACAAUAUUCAAUUGAUGGACAUUGAUUACGUUGCUGUUAAGGUUCCUGUAUUUUCUUUUGACCGUUUAUCACCAUCUGACCCUGUGGUUGGUGUUGACAUGAAGUCCACUGGUGAGGUUGUUGGUUUCGGCGCUAACAAGUACGAGGCUUUAUUGAAGGCCAUGAUGGCUAGCAAUGUUCGUCUUCCUACUAGUGGUAUGUUGAUAUCUCUUGACAGUGACGUUGACAAGUUUUUGAUUUCUCGUACUGUAAAGAUGAUAUUGGAGUUAGGUUACGACGUGUAUGCUACAAAGGGUACAUACGAAUUCCUUUCUAGGAUUAAUGAGGUCCCUGCUUCGGGUGCUUCUAUAACCAAAGGUCUUGAUGUUCAAUCUUUAUUGGCUUGUAGUCUUCAGUUUUUUGAGGACACCAUAGGGGAUAGUCUACUUCACGCUGGUAGUUCUCAUAAGUGUGGUCGUUUACUUUGCUGUUACAAACCUAGUGAGGAAGGUGAACCUAAGGCUGUAGAAUUGAUGAAAUCUGGUGUUGUUGACAUGUUUAUCAAUGCUGCGGGUUGUGCCAUUCCAAAUCGUUUAUCUGAUGGUUACGUUAUGCGUCGUGCAGCUGUUGACAACAAGGUUACUUUGAUAACUAGCAUGAAGUUGGCUAAGUUAUUUAUUGACGCCUUGGUGAUGCGUCACAUUCGUACUGCUAAAGGGAAGUUAUUUUUCCACAACAAGAGUCAUCAGGAAUAUCUGAAUUAGGUUACUUCUGAGGGUUGUUAAAACGUUUCUAAUAUUUCGUGUUUUGC